UCUCUUCCUCUGAGCUUUGAAUAAGCUCAGCUCAGAUAUUUAUUUUUCUCUUCUCCAUUUAAUACAAUAACUCUGUAGUGCUCUCAAUAAUUCACUCCCAACAAAUUAUGGACUCGGAGGGCGAGAAUUCUGUGUACUUGAACAGUCUGGUCAGUGCCGCCGACAGCUUUUCCGACGGAGAUAUUCGGCGAACGGCGACGUCCUCCGCAGUCCAACAAACCCUUUUUCUUAUUCAUUCUGAUGACCCCACUUUGAAAGUACAGGCGGCAAAGGAGAUCCGCCGUUUAACUAAGACUUCUCAACGUUACCGCCGUCAUUUUUCUAACGCCGUUAAACCUCUCGUUGAUAUGCUUCGUUCGGAAUCUUUUGAAUCUAAUGAAGCUGCUCUUCUUGCACUCCUUAAUCUCGCUGUAAAAGACGAAGGAAACAAGAUAAAUAUCAUAGAUGCUGGUGCUCUAGAACCCAUCAUUAGCUUUCUUCAAUCAGAGAAUGCAAUUCUCCAGGAUCAUGCUACUGCCGCUUUGCUCACAUUAUCUGCUUCUCCUGCCACUAAACCCAUAAUUAGUGCUUCUGGUGUUUUCUCUCUGCUAGUGGAAAUCAUUAGGCACGGUAGUUCACAAGCCAAGGCCGAUGCCGUGAUGGCUCUUUCCAACCUGUCAACUUAUCAAGACAAUCUACUAUUGAUUCUGCGGGCACAACCAAUUCCUUCUACUGUUUCUCUGCUUAAAUCCUGUAAAAAGUCUUCAAAAACUACUGAAAGAUGCACUGCUCUUAUAGAAUCUUUGAUGUGUUAUGAAGAGGGUAGGAAUUCAUUGAUAUCUGAAGAUGGGGGAGUACUUGCAGUGGUAGAAGUGCUUGAAAGUGGAUCUGCUCAAAGCCGAGAACAUGCUGUAGGAGCUCUCCUGACGAUGUGUCAGAGUGACCGCGCUAAAUACCGAGAACCAAUUCUCAGAGAAGGUGUGAUUCCUGGGCUCCUUGAGCUGACUGUUCAAGGAACAGUCAAGUCUCGGACUAAAGCACAAACACUUUUGAGGUUGCUGAGAGACACUCCUUACCCGAGGUCUGAGCUUGAGCCUGACACAUUAGAGAACAUUGUGUCCAAUCUCAUUUCUCAGAUAGAUUGUGAGGAGCAAUCAGGAAAAGCAAAGGAGAUGCUCGCUGAGAUGGUACAAGUUAGCAUGGAACAAAGCUUGAGACAUUUACAACAAAGGGCGCUGGUAUGCACUCCAGCCGAUCUGUCUGUUCCUAGUUGUGUCUCCAAAAUUACUUCGAAAUGAUAGAUUUUUCCCUUUGUUUGUUUACUUCCUGUAUCCCUUUUCCUUUUGAAACAGGGGCUUGUGUGAGAUUGGUUCUCUGUUCUUGGAAAAGCUGGAUAGAUACUGAAAAUUGGCAGUCCGGGCUAUUAGAUAGGUGCCAGGUGACUGUUUAGUGGUUAAUAAUUCGGAAAAUUAUAUAAGGUCUUAGAAGUAUAGUUUAUGAUCUUGCCCUUUGUAACAUAAAUUACAGCCACGCAGUUUAUAAAGCUAGUUGAAAUUUCCUUCUUGAACCAUGGUUUUCGUGAUUGUAAUUAUGCGUUAGAGCGAUAUGCUUGAAACCACAAUUCUGUACAGGAAGUUUACUUUUCUAUAUAACGU